GUAAGCAUGAAGAAACAUGUAGUAGUUAAUGUUAAAGCAAAAGCACGGGAAGUCUUCAAUAGGCGUAAAGAGAGGAGGUUAGAAGUGUUGAAGGGGGAACGAGAACACAUAGAAAGAGGACAACAAAUCAGGAGGGAGAAGGAGGAAAGACGGCUGGAGAUGGAAAGAAAACAGGAGAGGGCAAGACAACAAGAGGAGCAGGAUAAAAAACGAGAGAUUGAAAUUGCUAGACAGAAAGAAAUGUUCAGAAUUAGAGAGGAGGAGAGGCAGAGAGAGGAAGAGAGAGAGGAGCAGAGAAAGAGAGCCAUUGAAGGCCAUUUAUCUUUAAUCAGAGAGAGAGAGAAGAUUUUAGAGGUAAAGAAAAAAGAGGAGAUGUCGGAAGAGGAAAGAAGGGAGAUGCUUGAGAACAAGAGGGGUGACUUAGAGGGCACUGAAGAGGAGGAGGAGAAGGAAGAUGACAAGGAGGACAUUCUCCCACCUGAUAAAAGUAUCCGAAGGAGAGCCGUGGGCUGGAUAAACAAGAAGUGGGAGAAGAGGAACCUCAAAAAGAUAGAGAGAACCUGUCAGAGAGAAGCUGAGGAGGGCGAUAAGAUCGUCCACAUAGUCAUCCCUGGACCCAUAAGGCUAACCAUGACCCGGGCAGAGAGAGAGAGGGAGAAGAGGAAGGAGCUGCUGGAGGCUGAGGAGAGAAGGAAGAAGUUGGAGGACUUCAAUAAGCAGUGGAGAGUGCAGUCGCUGCUUAAAAAACACACUCAUCAACAACUGAAGGAGGAGAGGGAGAAGAUGAAGGAAAAGUACCUGGAGCAGAUUAAUCUGGAGGCUGAUGAGCAAAUCCAGAAGUUCAGCACCCAGUACAUCACCCGGUGUCCAACCACCCAACACAGCCACGACUACAACCAAGGUCAGGAAUUGCCGGGGUGGGCGACAGGCCAACAAGUAAGCCAAGAGCCUGUUGCAUAUGGAGAUGGCCAGCAGGAGGGGCCAAGGAGGCAACAGGCAUGGGCAGAGAACCAGGAGGGGAGUUCAGAGAACCAGCAGGAGGGGCCAGAGAACCAACAGGAGGCGCCAGACAGCCAGCAGCGAGAAGCUCCAGAAGAGGUUGAAACAUCAGAGCCAACCUCCAAGAACAAGAAAAAGCCAAGCAUCUGGAAGAAAAUUAGGAUGGGCCUUCCUGAUGUGCUGUCUGCCUAGAGCUGGAACUCGAUGAAGCCACAGUUCCACU